AUCGGUUGUCUUUUCACACCUCUGACUAACAGGAUUAAAAAAGUAAUGGAAAGUUCUAGGAAAAGCAUAGCAUGGGAAAGAUGCAGAAUGAAGUGUUCAGAAAAUAAAUAAACAAAACUUUCUAAUGAUUGGGUGGGUGGUUUUAACAGAACCACAUGCUAGUAUCAGAAUCAUUAAACUGGCACCUUGGGUAAUGUUUGUUUCAGCCAAAAGUUGCUCCAUUUCAACUGUGAGGGCACGUGGUACUCCAGAUGGGAGAAGUGCCAGACAUAAAACUUCUGAAACAAAAUCGAAUCAAAUCGAAGAUGUGACUGAGUUUUGGGAAACAAUUUAUUAUCGUGGAGACAAAGAGCUAGCAUCUCAGAUCAUUCGCAAUAUCCAUGAUGAAGGAGUCUAUUUAGUUCGUGUCAACAGUGAUGGCUCUAUGGUGCUACAUGUGUAUGGUGAGGGGCAGGCACGUAAAUACCAAAUUAUUUACCAGGAUAAAGAGUACACCUUGCAGAGGACAUCAGGAAACUGGUUCAAGACUGUACCAGAAUUGGUAUAUUUUUACUACACUAACACCCUUCCCAAUAUCCCAGUCUGCCUAACAGAAUGUUAUGCACACCACUCAAGCUAUCUAAAGUCUUAGCCAAGAAACUACUAUUUCCUCCAAUAGAGUUAGCUUGAAGAGUGCUACAUUUUACAUGGCACAGACGUAAAGGGGAUCUUUUGAUGCCAUUUCUGGCAGUGUCAGUGGUGGGACUGGAAACCUGGAUGUUGACUUUUGUCAGCUUGAUAAUGGGACCACCACAACAUUGCUUGCCAGACAAGUAGGAGACAGAAGAUGGUGGAGUUUUUUGUCAUAAUACACUAACUUGAUGACUGCCUUAUGAAUUGUGAUGUGCCUUAGCAUACGCAGUAUUAUUCUGGGGCCUUUUUUCGACUUGCAGGACAGAUUAUUUAGGACUAUUGCAAGUGAUUGUGUUGUGCCAUGUCUCACAAAUAUCUUAGUGGCACUGUGAAAAAAUGCAUCACUCUGAACAGCAACAUAAGCAUAAUCUCAUCAUUACUUAUGUUUGCUCGUUUACCUAUUCUAGCAAGUGCUGUAACAACAAGAUAAACUGCGAUGCCUGUGAAUAUUUCUGUGAUCAAUCUUGUUAGCAGGCAUUCAAACUUUUUUCAACACUGCUAGUAGAAUUAUCCUAGACAAGUUUUAUAUGACGGUUACAUUACCUCUAUUUUUCCAGUGUGUACACUGUAGACUUAAUUUUUUAUGUUUUUGUUUUGUACUAUUAGCCACAGUAUGGCAUAGGUUUACUAUAAUGCAAAUUUUUAGAAAUCCCUUUAUAUUCAUAAUGCAAACUCAACAUUUUGCAAGUCAUGAAAUGUUUGUUGAAGAGGAGUGGUUUGCUUUGUAUGUAAAAGUUACUUACCUUGGCACUUUAUAAGCAUCUGUCUUAAUGGAGAAUGUACAGGAAAGACCACUUUAUGAUCAUGGAGUGCUUACUUGCUCAGAGCUGUUUAUUGAAUGCAGUUUUAAACAAAAGAAAACAAAUGUGAUGAAAGUUCUUGAUGUUGUGAUCAUAAGAUAUCAAGAAAAUGCUAUCAGAAAUAGAACACUUCUAUCAGUUAUAAAAUAAACCAUUAGUAGAAACAUUUUGGAACAUCUGGUUGGUGUUGGUGGGUCAUAAAGUUAAUGGUACACUUUUUAAUCAUUUGACAGUAUGUUAAAAUGCAUACCUGUUUGCAUAUGCACAUGUGUAGGUGGGGAUGUAUAAAUGAAAAUGACAAAAAUCCAUUAACAAAUCCAGAAUGGAUUGUUCUGUAUUGAUAGUUUAUAAAGAACAUAGGAUUUAUGUCACCUUAAUAUUGUUUUUGACACAAUUGAUGAAAUUUAGAGAUUAAGUCACAGGAUGAGAUAAUGUAAUAUCUUUGUAUAAAAUUGUUUCAACUACCAUAUGAAUCAGUUAGACAUUAUUUUAUUGUAAGUCUUACAAACUUGUUAGGAUAAUGAUUGGACUGCUUGCUCAUGCAGCUGCUAAGUUGUAGGACAAGAUUUCCUGACAACAGCUUGCUAGAAGUUUUGGCAAGGAGCUAAAAAGUGACAAUUUCUGUUUAAAUAAUGUCUAUCCCAACUGUUUUUAUAUCUUUUGUAAAACUUUUCCCUAUUUGGCAGCUUUGACUAUGUGUGAACACCUACAUUCCACUGUGUGGCACCUUUGUUUUCUGUUUACCUUCUGGAUUAAGGAAGGAUAAUAGUAAAUAGAGCAUUAUAAGGCACCUCAACAAAAUCCUGUGAUCUUGGUGAACAGCGAGUGUGGAAAUUCAAUAUGUUUAACCAAAGUAUAAAUUAUAUCUUCUUAGCAGACAAUUCUCUCAAAGCUGAGUAACCUGUAUUUUAGUGUUGUUUUUUUAAAUGUGAUAAGUAUUGUUUUUAAAAAACCACAUCCCUUUAUCACACAAAGGGAGAAAUCCAGUAAACUUUUGUAUAUACAGUCCAUGUUUGUCAUAAUAUGAUGGAUUUGUACAUGCAUAACCUUGAGUGUUUAAGGAUGUUUUCGUUCACCCUUGCUAAACUUGAUUACUUUUUUCCCCUCUUUACAGCUGCUAUGUAAGUUAAUUUUUUAGACAUUUUGAAACUGAUUUUCACAUGCUUGCACUUGCAUUAUCCUCUUUGUAAAGAAUUUGUGUGGAAAGAAGGCUUCUGCAUUUAAUGGUUCACCUUUGUGGUAUAAGAUGCUGUUUGAAGUGAGGUUAAGGUCUGAUUUAAUUUUGCAAUCACUUGUUCAAUGGCUCACCCAGGGUUUAUUGAAUUACAUUUGACUUCUCACAGCUUUCUUGCUGUUUUAUACUAGUCAAUUUUUUAAAAUGUUGUUCGUUCAGGCUAUGCCAGUGGUAGGCAUGCCUGUGACUUUUGGCCUCAUCGUUUUCAUCUACAGUCAUCAUCAGCAUCAUUAUCAUAUUUUAGUCAUUAGGUUUCAUCAACUUUAAGGAAAAAUAUAAAGGUAAAUUGAUUUUAAUUGUGAAAAAUUUAAAGAAUUUUUUUUACCAAUAUGCAGCAUGACUCUUCGCUAAUUUGCAAUCAUAUUGGAUGAGAGAUAUCUGGCACAAAUCGCAUCCAUAAUGAAUGAUGGUUAUCAAUGAUCAAGAAAAAAAAAAUAGCUAUGCUGGGUAAAUGAUAUCCAUAGUACAAGGUCUUGAUCUUCCUGCCAUUUUGAAUGUGUUUUUAAAAAUCUGUCCUUUAUUUUCUGAACUGAAAAGAAACAUGUUCAGCUUGGGCACAAUAAAUCGCCUCAAAUAAGUUAAUGUAUUUUUUUAUAUCCUAAUUAUGAUUAACUUUGUUGGCCUCCCUGUAUUGUAACAAUUAACCCUAAUAGUCACCUUUUUUCUUUCUUUUAUAUUACUGCAGAUUUAGAACUUGACCACUGGUCUAGGAUGUUUAAGAACAGAGAGGAGGGUGAGUGUGGAAGAGAUAUUUAUUGAAGAUGUUGAUAGACAUAUCCAUGACCGUGUCAUAAUUCAUAAUGUCAAGUUAUAAAUUCCUUGCUGACCAUGGGUUGAAAGGUUUCAGAAUGGUUUUCAGUGGCUUAUGGUUGUAAUUGAUUCUUGUAUGUGUAUUGAAUCCUUUGCAAUCUUUAUCAGUACAGCGGGAGGGAUGUGAUCAACUACUUACCUGAUCCAUGACAGCUUCUCUGUCCUCAUUCUUGUGAUAGUGCAUUGUGCAUUUCCAUAAAUGCAUUUCAUCCAUGGCUUGUCCACAAUACAAAGUUUUUAUGUUGCCAACUCAACAUAAGUUAUGUCCGUUGAAAUGCAUUUUCAUACAGCAUUAGAGGUGGAUGUCCUGCUUGAGUAGUGCAAUGUCAAGAAGACAGUUUGGUUGUGGUGUUUUCUAUUUGGGUAUCUCCUAGGGUCUUUGUGAUGUCUCUUGUGUUUUGAAGUCAUGUUAUUGGUGUCAGAGACAUGAGUUUUGUUGCCAUUGUUCUCAUUGUGAUGUGUUUCAUAGGUUCCACACCAAAGUGUCAUAUGAUUUACUAGCAAAUUCUCCAUUCCAUUUAUUACCUGUGGUGUCCCUUAGUGAUUUCUUAUACUUCUCUUGUCAUCGAUAAUUCUUUGAAUAACAGGAUUCAGGUCAGCAACUUUUUGGGUUUUUUUUUUCUGCAGUCGUUUUCUUUGGAAUGUACAUCUCAACCCAUGGAAAGGCAAAAUUUCAGCAGUUACUCAGAACCAUUUUAGAUGUGUGAAAGUGUUCUUAAAGAACUUGAGAGAAUUUAGUGAAUGCCACUAUUUCGUCUGUUGGUUUGCUUCAGAGGUUAGGAUUUGCAGUUGACCAUUAUUCAGAUUUGUGUUGUGGUUAGAAAACUGGCAUAUGAACCCAAAGAUGCACACACUGACCAGUUUAAUGCCUGUAUGGUGUAGCCAACAACCCGUUCCAUGGAGUUAAGGUGAGGCAGCAGAGGAGAAAUGAUACCCACCCCCUCUCACAAAAAAGAUGGCCCAGAGAAAAUUGCUAACAUCUCACUCCGCAAUGAGUGGAAGAUUAGGGAACUACCUUUACCAUUUUAAUUUAUUAUAAGUAAUAAAAUAAUUAUUGUUUUAGGUACAUUGUAAUAGCCAAAGGUCUUUGACAGACACCUUGAGGAAAUAUAUCAAUUUUAAAAAAGAUUUGAGUGGCUUUUUAUUUUCUUGUUCUGCCUUAGCACUGAAAUAAUUUGGUGUUAAGGCUUUUUCAAAAAAAUAAAAUGGUUAUCAUAGACGCACAAUUUAGAAGCUUCAUACAUUUUGCAUUAUUGAAAUGUGGAUUGUUUUAACUGCCUUUAACUGAUUAAAACACCUUUUAUGCUGCACCAUCUUUUAAACAUACCUCUCAACUCUUAGACUAAUAAUGUAAAGGUAAGCAUAGAUGUUUAGAGUAUAGGGUAUUGAAUUGAUUUUAUUACAGCUUUAAUUUAUUUUUAUUUGUACAUGUAUAUAAAUGCUGCCUUAAAAUUUUAUUUCUAGUAAGUAGGGUGUCUUUAAAGUAGCUGUUGUGUUUUCUAUGAAUUUAGAAAACUUUGUUACAAGAUGCUUGGUUGUAAGUUAUUUAUAUGUUGGAAGCAAGAUUUGAGUGUCUCAAUGUUUGAGCUUCAAAAAUGAUAUUAUAAAUUCUGUCUUUCACUUCUAAACUCUCAUCUUAUGUUGUUAUAUGUUAUCUCAUGUUAACUUGCUGUGAAUGAAGAGAGUUAUUCAGAUGUGCUCACACUGCAAUACGUCCUAGUACCUGCUGGCUUUUGGUCAGUCCAGCUUAUGCUUCCAUGGCACCAGGAAGUAAAAGUGAGUGUUCAUACUUGUCUACAAAAAACAUAGCUAUAAAUCUGAAUCCAGAAAAAAAGAUUUACAACAGACAAACAGAACAGUAUUUGCAUGUAUACACAUUUUGUUGUAUUCCUUAUUUCCACAUUUCUGUGUGCGCAUGUGCACCUUUGUUUGCACUGGUAUUUCUAGAAUAUCACUAGCAUGCAUUCUAGUUUAUUUGCUGCUGGAUUUUCUUUGGUUUUGUGUUUGUUUUUUGUUUUUGUUUUUUUGUUUUUUGCUUUCAAAAAUGCAAAUCAUUUGCUAGGCCAGAGGAUUCUGAGAUGAGAGUAAAUCUUAAUUUUAUAAGACAUUAUUGUUUUGAUGAUAGAAAGUUAAACCAUUAUCUAAUACUUCUCUUGAAGUCAUGUGCUGUGGACUUACCCCAAAAAAAUUCACUGAAAUACAAAGAGAAAGCAUG